AUGGCCCCCAGGGACUGCAGGCACAAAGAACGUGUGGAACGGCUGAUGGCUAGGCUUGCUGCUGCUGAGCAGCAGCACCUGGAGCAGCAGCAGCAGCAGCAGCAGCAAAUAUUUGCGCUGCAGCGCGAGGCGGAGGAGCUGCAGCGGCAGCAGCAGCAGCAGCAGCAAGAAGCAGCAGAGCUGCAGCAAGCCAGGGACGCAGAAGUUGCUGCUAGAGAUGCACUGGCGCAGCAGCUCUUUCUGCUGCAGCACAAAGCAGCAAAAGGAGCAGCAGACAAGGCCUGCCAAGCAGCAGCAAACACAGAAGCAGCAGCAGCACAAGUAGAUCCCCUCGUGCUGCAGUACCUUAGAGACACCGACGCACACCAGCAGCAGCAGCAGCAGCAGCAGCAGCUCGUGGGCUUUUCAGAUACCGAAGAAACACCAGCAGCAGCAGCAGCAGCAACAACAGCAGCAGCAGCAGCAAGAAGCCCUGUACCUAAGCUGCUUGCGGGCCCGGCGCCCUCACACCGAACUGUUGUUGCUGCUGCCACUCAAACGCAGCAGCAGCAGCAGCAGCAGCAGCAGCAGCAGCAGCAGCAGCAGGAAGAAGUGCUUGCAGCAGACAUGGAGCAGCAGCAAGCUGUUCUCUCUGCGAGAAUUCAGCAAUUAGCGCAGCGGGCAAAAGCUAGGCCCUACGCCUUCCACAAAGCAGCAGCAAAUGAAGCAGCAGCAAAAGCUGCUGCUGCAGCUGCUGCUCCUGCUGCAGCUGCAGCUGCUGCUCCUGCUGCUGCAGCUGCUGCUCCUGCUGCUGUUGCUGCUGCAGUGGCGCCUGCAGCUGCAGCAGGGCGAGAAACUCCCCUGCUGUCGAGACAGCACAGCGGCUCUGCUGAAGGCCGCAGCAGCAGCAGCAGCAGCAAUAGCAGCAGCAGCAUCAGCAGCAGCAGCAGCAGCAGCAGCAGGCAGCAGCAGCAGCAGCAGCAGCAGCAGCAGCAGCAGCAACAGCAGCAGCAGCAGCAGCAACAGCAGCAGCAGCAGCAACUGCAGCAGCAGCAGCAACUGCAGCAACAGCAAAACACUUCGUUGCAGUGGCCGCUCUUUUCGUUUCUUCAGCACUUUUGCUGCUUACAGACCACGGCGCAGGCCCUCUCAAACCCUAAACCCUAA